AGCAAACUGAGCUGUUAUAAAAUCGUUUUCUAAAGAUUAAGUUUAAGAUGAUUUGAAUAAAAAUGUAACUUUUUUGUAUUUGACGUCAAAUAUAUAUGACGCGACUAUGAACCUCAUUGCACACAACAGGAAGUAAAGAACAAUGUCAGGGGUUAGUAUAAUCAUUGAAGAAGCUCCUGGUCAAGAAUUCGAAGACAAUAGCGAAGAGGAUGGCGAAAUUAAUGAAGAAAAAGUAGAAGAAGAAGUGUCUACUGAUGAAGUGGAGGAGAGUGCAACGGUUGCGAGUAGUGAUGAUGAGUACGACACAGACAUUGAAAUCGAAGAUAAAAGAGAGACUUACGACGCAACCGGUCGACGAACAUAUUUUCAAGCAUGCACGAAGUUUACCACUACUCCUGUAUCCUCCUUUCUGAAGCAUAUGAGUAAAACAGAACUCAACUUGCAGUAUAGAGGUGUUGGAUCAAAUGGUGCGAAAGCCAUAUCAGCAGCUCUUGUUGCUAAUACCGUGACAUUGAAGCUGAACUUAAUGGAAAAUUUCAUCGGUCCAGACGGCGCAAAAGCAGUUAGUGAAAUGUUAAAAGAGAAUUGCUAUAUAACAGAACUUAAUCUUUCAGCAAACAAUAUCGGACCAGAAGGAUGUCGACGCGUCUGCGACAUGCUACAACAAAAUAUCAAUCUUCGAAAAGUCGACAUAUCCAGAAAUAAAUUUGGCGACAAUGUUGGACAGUAUCUCGCUGAAGCUUUCAAGAACAACUUUCAAGUUACCUGGUUGGACUUAAGUGACAACGACUUAAGUGAAAAAGCAGGAGCAGCAUUGGGACCUGGCGUUAAUGCUAAUGACGCAAUGGAAUAUUUAAAUUUAAGCUGGAAUCAACUACGUAGGAGAGCAACUCAAGAAAUUGCUGCCGGAUUAAGGGCUAAUUGUACUUUGAAGUGUUUGGAUUUAUCUUGGAAUGGAUUUUCAAACGAAGGGGUGAUUGGUAUUGGUGACGCAUUGAAAGCAAAUAAUACAUUAACCGAACUAGAUAUCAGUAACAACCGCAUUGGAGUGGAUGGAGCCAUUAUACUUGCAAAAGGUUUAGAUGGAAACAAUACUUUGGAAAUACUAAAGUUGGAUGGAAAUCCGAUCACGUGCAAGGGUGCGCUUGCCUUGCUUGCCUCAGUUAAUGACAACUCAGACAGUGCAAUCAAAGAACUAUGCAUGAGGGGUGUGUUCGUCCAUGAAGAUUUUAUUCAAUUAUAUGAACAAGUUAAAACAUCCAAAGAUGUAACUGUCUAUGCAGCAUUUCGUGCGGCGUCACCAUUGCAGAAGUUACAGCAGUUUGUAAAAGUAAACAAAGACGACUGGUUAGCUGCUUUUACAGACUAUGAUGAAAACAGCAUAUAUAGAGUUAGACCUGAGGAGUUUGUUCUUGGCCUACAGAAACUCGGAUUUGAAUUCAUACUUGAAGAAAAAAUUGGACUACUUGGAAAACUGAGUAAAGAUUCACACGGUCGCAUUAAAUAUAGGGAUGCUCUUCUUGGAUUCGCAAAAGAACAACAAGCAACAUAAUCUUUCAUGUCAUAUUUAAAGAAGAAGAAAAACGUCUAUUA